AUGGAAGGCUGUUUGGCUACAGGAGAGGGCAAAAUGAAGAAGAAGCAAACGAAGAAGUGUGUGAAGGUGGAGAAGAAUUUGAAGAAAUGUGACUACGUUUGCAAAGUUGAUGAGUUAGCAGUUGACGGUGGAUGGAGUGACUUUGGAGAAUGCAAGUCCAAUCCUAUCAACUACAGCAAACACUCAAUGUACUUUGGAACCUGGAAUGUUUUAUCUUUAGUCAGCUCAUCUUCACAGCUUUAUCAACUCAGUCAGAACAUUGAUCACUACAGUCUUGAUAUUUUGGGUAUUACUGAAACUCAUAUGCCAGGAUCUGGAAGUACACUUUUGGACAAUGGUAGUCUACUUAUUCAUUCUGGUAGGGGAGAUGGUAUCAAAAGGCAAGGGGUUGGCCUAUGUCUUUCCAAAAAGGUCAGGAACUCCCUGAUCUCUUAUGUACCUACAUCAGAGCGGGUCUUAACAGCUAGGUUACACGGCAAACACCUCAACAUAUCUGUUGUUGUAGCCUACGCUCCGACUGACGGUGCUGAUGACGGAGAGAAAGAUCGUCUUUACAACGUUUUAUCAGACACGUUUGGUGAACUGCCCCGACAUGAUCUGAAACUGCUACUGGGUGACUUCAAUGGAAAAGUUACUUCAAACAGAUAUGGAUUCGAGGGAGUUAUUGGUGGAGAAUCUCUCCAUAGUUCAUCAAGCGACAAUGGGACCAGGCUCAUGGAUUUCUGUGCAGCCAAUCAACUUGUUAUUGGUGGAACUCUGUUCCAGCAUAGAGACAUCCACAAGGGUACAUGGCGGUCUCCUAACGGGUUAACUGUGAAUCAAAUUGAUCAUAUUUGUAUUAGUGGACGAUUCCAACACUCGCUACUCGAUGUUAAGGUAUGUCGUGGGGCUGACAUUGGUUCAGAUCACUAUCUUGUUCGUGGACGGCUGCAAAUCAAACUGCAGUCGGUAGCUAAGAUCACUGCUAAAAGGCACGAUGUGCCUGCUAUCGAACAUUUGCGAAACUCGUCUAAGGUUCAAGAGUACAACGUGGCUCUUCAGAACCGUUUUGAUUGUCUGGCUAAUGAGGUCAACCUUGAGGACAUGUGGGAUAAUUUCAAGCAGACAGUCACUGAUGUCUCGAUGGAAGUGCUUGGAAAGCGUCCCCGGAAGGUUAAAGAACAACACCUUUCGCAAACCUCUAAGAACUUGAUAGAGCAACGGGGAAUGUUCAAACGGAGGGAUCCCACUUCAAACGUCAAUAGAUCAGCCUACUCUAAACUUAAUAAAUUAGUUAAGAAAAGUUGUAAAAUUGACGACAACAACUGGGCUACUAAAAUAGCGACUGAUCUAGAGGAGGCUUCUAAGAAAGGCCAGCAAAGGGAAGUUUGGGAUAAGAUAAAGAAGAUUUCUGGGAAAAAGAAGAAGAAAGUGGGUAUGUCAGUUAGGGAUAAGGAUGGUCAUUUUAUUACAGACCCGGACAGUCAGAAGGAAAGGUGGAAGGAGCACUUUACUGAGCUCUUAAAUCCUCCACUAUCGGAUGCCAAUCUUGAUGACCUCGAUGGUGUGCCCUCACAAUCGAGUUUUGACUACCUUUCUUGUUCUGAUGGACCUCCUUCUAGAGAUGAGAUUAGUUAUGCUCUAAAGAAACUGAAGAACUGCAAAAGUGCAGGGGUCGAUGAGAUAACUAAUGAACAACUUAAGUAUGGUGGAAGUGCUCUUGUUGGCUAA